AUGUCGUUUACCUCUGUUCAAAAUGGACGUGUCUUGGACUCACGCUCGUUAACUCCAAUCCGCAAUACACCAUCGGCCAAAGAAAAGGAACCUCCGGAUCCAAACAUGGCGAAUCCACGCCUAACUAUUAAUCGCGCUCUCGUAUAUGAGCGGCGACUGCCCGGUGAUGCUUAUAUCACUGCGUAUGUCCAGCGCCUUCAGCAUGGCUAUUACUCUAGCGCCGCCGUCUCAGAUGAGGAUGCCGAACACGUAGAUUUUCUCGCCCUUGCAUUCACCUUUCAUUCGCCGCACACUAUCACGCACCGCAUCAAGUCCGCCACUAUUAGUGUAUCAGUUCGUGGAAACCGUGAUCUUUCAAGUCCGAAGCCGCACCCUUAUGGAUAUCCACUUGGUAACCCUCGCUUCCUUAUGCAUGCGCCGCACCUGAUCUACGGCACUGUUUCCCCCGAGACCAUGGAGUGGACAUUCAGUCUAGCUGGGUCCCUCGGAAUCUCAGAACUGCCCGUCAGUGCAAGCGUCAUCCCCUCGGGGAGUUUCAACAGCCGAUACAAGCGGUACGAGAUGAUGCGCAUCCAAGGCUCCGCGCGUACUUUGAAAAGUCCAGCUGGCCGCGAAUUCGACGUCGAAGCUGGCAAAAUCGUCUGGUCCAUGGAAGAGAACAAUGUCCAGCGAUCGGGUCUGCCACGCGAGUUCACCUUUGCCAUGUUGAUCCAGAAACCUACUGCAAACAGCAAGAUUUCCCUGUUAAUCGACGUCGACCCCGUGAUUGACGCAAUGAUUGGCAGUUACCCAUCCUUGAUGUUGAAACUUCCCGAGUACCAACCUUUGCCGCGCCGGGGCGUCAAUUUCCAACGAGAAGUCGGACAGCGAUUCGAGCCCGUGGACCCGGUACGCGGGUUCAACUUUGCAGAACUCGGCAGCAUGUUCGAUGAGUACAUUGCGAUGCCAGGAAGGAAGUUCAGCCGUCAGAUCCAAAUCCCAACUGAGACCGACAUCCCAGACAAUCACUUUCAGCGCACCUACCCAGGGCAGUACGGGCCUCUCAACCCAAUCCCGUACCAACAGCAACUACAAACCCACAACCUAGCCCUCCAGAAUAACAGCCUCUCCCUACAGAACAACCUCCUACAGACAACCCUACAAAACCUCUGGAUCACCCAGCCGAGGGGAGAAGAAAUCCAAUCCCGCCCUCAGCAGGUAUCCCCCCAGACCCAAAAUCAAAAUCAAAACCAAGGCCGGGGCUACUACUCCUCCCCCCAAUCCUCCCACCCUCACCCUCACCCAGCACCAACAUCUUCCACCAUCCCCCAAACGCCCGCAAUAGCAAUACCUCUUACCCUCCACCUCCACCUCGACCCCACAACCACCAACCUCCCAAACCUGGCCCGGCAAAGGCCCGGCCCAGGCGCCUCUCCCCAACCCCCACGCCGCACACCAAGCCUCCGCCGUGCCCAAGCGCGGGAAUUUCCUAAGCACGCAGCGACCGGGGCAUCGAAUAACACCUCCACGGGCUCCUCGCCAAGCAUAACAGAUUCGAUGAUCCCGCAUGCGGGCGCGCGUUUACAGUUGGGCCGUGCUCCUUCAGAGAUUGGGGAUGGGGAUGGGGAUGGAGAUGAGAAUCAGACGGUGCGCUAUGUGAGGAGAAGGGAUUCGGUUGGUGGGGGGACUCGUGGGCAUGGGAGGAUUAUGAGUUUGGUUAACUCGCCACUUUCGGGGUCUUUGGUUUCGGGGUUGAAUGGAAGGUAG